AUGUUCCUAGCACAGUUUGGUUUCUGCUGUGUGUAUUUCGUUUUCAUGGCUGACAAUCUAAAGCAGUUUUUUGACCAAACAUCAAAUAUUCACAUCUCGCAAGCAGGAUGGAUCGCCUUGAUACUUGUUCCAAUCAUGGCGUUGUGUACAAUACGUGAGCUAAAGGCGUUGGCACCACUUGCUGCCAUUGCCAACGUUGUCUACCUCAUAGCCGUGUGCAUAGUUCUUCAACAACUUUUUCAAAUCGAACGGCCAACCUGGUCCCUUCCCGCUGUGGCAAAUUGGUCGACAUUACCCUUAUUUUUUGGCACUGUUAUGUUCGCCUUUGAAGGAGUGGCUGUGGUACUGCCUAUAGAAAAUCAAAUGGAUGAGCCAUUGCAUUUUAUCACUCACAAUGGUGUAUUGAAUACUUCAUGUUUUUUGGUACUGAUACUGUAUAUGACUGUAGGAUUCUUUGGCUACUUGCGAUUUGGUGACGGCAUUAUGGAUACGCUUACAUUGAACUUACCACAAACAAAGUAAGA